AAAGGUUCCUGUUAGCCUUAGCUGAAAACACAGAUGUUACAUUCUCUAGUGCGUCUGCUCUUUUUGCACUUAAAACAAAACCACAGCGUGGACGGGCCUCACUAUUACACGUUUACCGUCACACAUUAGUCACCAUUCAUGAACAUGGCGACGUGUGUCCCCUUCCAAACGCAGUUAUCCUCAAUAAUGGAGGUCCUGGUGAAGGCAGCAGUGGCAGAGAUCUCCAAACUAGUCGAUGACAAAUGUGCGUUUCUGCAUCUGGACAUAAACAGAAAGCAAAGCGAGAUCGAGAUGCUGAAGAGGAAACUGUUGUCGAUGGAGAACAAAAAUGCGCAGCUGCAGCGCGGCUUUGAAAACUACAUGGACAGAGGAACCGAUGUAGGAACCAACUGUCCACAUUCCACAGUGAAUAUUAAGUUUCCAGAGAUUGAAGAUGCAGCGGUUUCUUUUUCAAUUAAAGAAGAGAGUCCAGAUGAACCGCUAUGGAUCAGCGAGGCUACUGGACCCAUUGGUGGUUCUGUGCAGUACCCUCAUCCAGCUAAUGCUCCAGGAAGCCAGCACGUUGAGGAGGACUGUCAGUUAGCUCACCCAGAGGUCGUGAGGCUAAAAACCGCAGAGUUUGGUGACAUGUAUAACUCCGGUCAACAUACAGGAGAAGUUAGUGGUCUUCAUUUCACCAUCAAGACUGAGAAAGAGGAGAACCGGUCCGGGUUCAGUCAGGAUGGAUGCCAGCACAACACGGGGAAGCAACUUGCUGCCGAGUUUUCCAUGGAAGAAAGAGAGAAUCAACUGUGGUCGUCCAUAAUCGAAGGUAACGACAUUGACACUGGUUUUCCUGACUUUUCUAGUAUGGUGGAGGAAUACUCCACCACGUUCCCAGAGCAUUCAGACAAUAACGUGGCCUCUAGUACUAACAAGUCCACUAGUGUCCCGCAGUCGUCCUCUCAGAGGACGUGCAACGGGAUCUACGGCAGCGAGUUUCAGAAGGACGCUCCACAGUCGUCCAGUUUUCAUAGCCGACCUCAGGGUGACCUUUCACAGCAGGACAGGCCGAAGGAGCAAAUGUACCCACAGAGAAACAUGUCGCAGGUUGCACACCUGAGGCAGCCGGACGAGCACCAGGAGAGGGACAACACAGCUGGGGACAGACCGGUCGUAACUCAAUCACACAAUACUUUCACACCAGGCAGCUUGCACACUCACACCCCUCACAAACCUUUUCACGGCACGGCGCGAGGCUACGUUUGCCUGCAGUGCGGAAAGACGUUCGGCCGCCUGCAUCAGUUCAAGCUGCACCAGCAGAGCCACAAGAGGAAGCGGGCGUUCUGGUGCACGGUGUGCGGGAAGAGCUUCCAGUGUUCCUCCCACCUCAGCAUACACCACCGCACGCACACGGGCGAGAAGCCGUACGGCUGCGGUCAGUGCGGGAAGAGGUUCACGCAGCAGAGCAGCCUGAGGGUUCACCAGCGCACGCACAGCGGCGAGCGUCCGUACAGCUGCGCGCAGUGCGGCAAAACCUUCAUCCUGAUGCACCAUUUGAAACGUCACAGAAUCAUUCACACCUACAGCUGAGCGCGGCGUCGCUCAGGUGAAAGGACACGAAUGACCGUUGAAAUGAAAAUUCGAAAACAACCAAUGAACAGCGACUUUCUUUGAUCCGUGACUCACUGACUUUCAAUUUUAAUGCAUAUUUUACUAUGCAAAGUCCAUCUGGAUGGAUUUUAAUAUUUAAUCUUUUUUUUGGUUUUUUUAAGAAUAAGAAACUUAAAUAACCCUUUAAAUCAAGUUCACACAUGAAUGCAUUUGUUAGGAGUGGGGAAAAGAAACUCAAAUUUGUUAUUUUUCCCUUAAAACUUAGUGAAUCAAUGCAGAAAAAUCAAUAAUCAGACAUUUUUAAAAAAGCACCUCAGCAGUUUUUUCUCUUUUUUUCUCUAUCUUUCACUCACACUGAUGUGUUGCUAAAGUCUUGUACCUAAAUGCACGUGUGUGUGUGUGUGUGUGUGUGUGUACGUGCACAAGUCUACAUUACAUCAUCCGCCCAGACUGUAUGCAUCGGCUGUGCAUGUUAACUGAAGCACGACACUUUACAAUCUGGUCUUGUUUUGGUCAAAAAAGAAGCGACUUUGACCCUGACAUUUAAAAGAACACAAAAGAAUGAGCAGAGAGCCAUAAAUAAUGUUUAAAUGAAUGAACUGAGGACUCAGCUGAUCGCUGCAGUGUGGUUUCCUCUGUGCUUCAUUUCAUAAGGAAGGAAUUUUGUUGUUCUCAUUCACUCAUCUCCUACCUCUUUCUCCUCCAUGUGAGGGUCACCCUAACCCUAAUCCUAACCACAAAUCUGCAUG